CGCGGCCCCAGUCCAUCCGCACCUCUCUCCCUCUGCUCCCGGCUUCGCCUCGACUCGGCCCCGACUGCGCUGCGAUGGAGAGCGGCGGAAUCCUGGCGGCGUGUCUGCUGUGCUGGAGCUGCGGCGUGUGCGCGGUGUCCGCCAUCCGGAGGGCCGACAUGUUCCCGUACGGCGCCCUGAGCGGGGACCAGAUCCUGGCGGAGGGGGACGACGAGACCUCCAGGGUGCUGGUCCUGGCCAGACCCCUGCACUUCUACGACACCCGGUACUCCCAGCUAUACGUGGCUACCAACGGCAUCAUAUCGGCGCAGGACCUGCCGAUGGAGAAGCAGUACGUCGACGACGGCUUCCCCACGGACUUCCCCGUGGUGGCUCCGUUUCUGGCCGACAUCGACACCAGCGGAGGGCGAGGGCAGAUCUACUACCGGGUGACGGAGACGCCCGGCGUUCUCAACCGAGUGGCCCGGGAAGUACACCGAGGGUUCCCGGAUGCAAAAUUCACGCCGACGCACGCCGUGGUCGCGACAUGGGAAGACGUCGCGGCAUACGAAGAGCGGACUCGAACCGCCGGACCCUCGAACAAGGUCAAUACGUUCCAGGCAGUGAUCGGUUACGACGAGACAGAUUCAUAUGUUCUCUUCCUCUACCCUGAAGGUGGCCUUAACUUCUUUGGUACUCGUCCUAAGGAGUCUUAUAAUGUUGAGAUAGAGCUUCCUGCCAGAGUCGGCUUUAGCAGGGGAGAAAUCACAUAUCUGAUCUUCUCCCGGACCGAGGGACCUCACUACAGCGUUACCAGCGAUGAGCAGAGUGUGAAGAACCUCUACCAGGUCGGGAAUACAGGAAUUCCAGGUGUUUGGCUUUUCCACACUGGGAACAGUUACUCUUUUGACAACAUUGUUCCUGCAUCCAUCGGUGGCCUCCUUGUUACCCCACCAGUUCAAGGACAUGGCCUCUCCCUGGACACCACCACAGCCGAGUAUGGUGAGUUUGAGGAAUACGCCGACAACACUUUCGACCCCGAUAACCAGGAGGAAGAAGAGGAUUACCCUCUGACAGGCGGGGACCCCGAAUUCCAGACGGCCCUCGCUGGCGGAGACCCCUCAGAGUCCCUUCACCCAGCGAGUCCUGAUUCUCCCUCGUCCCCUUCGGAGGACACUAGUCAUCAGGUGGCGUACGGCAGUGAAGAUGUGCCGUUGACCUCUGAACCCAGGUACAACUCAGAGCCAAGAGACAGGCAGUAUGCGCCCCCCGACCCUCCAGAAAGAGCAGCAGAGGGAGGUGGCCAGCAGACUCGGCAACAGCAACCACAGGUUCCCCUGGAGGUGGUGGACGUUUACCCCCCUCACAGGAAUGAACCACCGCUUUCCCCCGGUGGUCACGUGGUCAGCGUGGACGAAGACGAUGUUGAUUUUGACACAGGAGUCAUCCAGUACACUACAGAGAAUAAGGAAACAUGUGCCAGAUUCCAACAGCAGUGUUCCCAGAAUGCAUUGUGCUCCGACUACGCCACGGGGUUCUGCUGUCACUGCCGGCCUGGUUUCUAUGGCAACGGACGCCACUGUCUCCCCGAGGGCGCUCCGCAGCGAGUUAGCGGCAAGGUGAGUGGAACGGUGACCGUGGGAUCGACUCCAGUGGCGCUGAACAACAUUGACCUUCACGCCUACAUCGUGGUGGGCGACGGCAGGGCGUACACCGCCAUCAGCGAGGUACCUGAGCAAGUGGGCUGGGCUCUGAUGCCACUGGCGCCAAUAGGAGAGCUGUUUGGAUGGCUGUUUGCUCUGGAGCUGCCCAAUAGCCAAGCAGGAUUCAAAAUCACAGGUGCCGAGUUCACCCGUCGUGCGGAGGUGAUCUUCUACCCCGGCAACCAGCGCCUGUCAAUCACCCAGACGGGCCGCGGCCUCGACGACCACAAUCACCUCACCGUGGACACUGUGGUCAACGGCGACGUGCCCUUCCUGCCCCCCGGAGCGGAGGUUACCAUGGAUCCCUUUAAGGAGAUCUACCAAUACUACCCAUCCGUCGUCGCCUCCUCCUCCGUGAGGGAGUUCUCGGUGGCGUCGGCGGAGCGCGGCGCCGAGUCCUUCUCCUUCCAGCUGAAGCAGAACAUCACCUACCGCGACUGUCGUCACGACAACCGCGGCGCCGCGCCGGAGACGCUGCAGAUCACCAUGGAGAGGGUGUUCCUGAUGUACGUCAAGGAGGAGCACAUCCUGAGAUACGCCAUCACCAACAAGAUCAGCCCGGUGGGGGUCCAGCCCACGGAGCCGGAGCUGGUCAACCCCUGCUACGCCGGGAACCACGACUGCGACACCACGGCCCAGUGCCUCCCUCUGGAGGGCCGGGACUUCCAGUGCCAGUGUGCCACGGGCUACAGAGGGGACGGACGCAACUGUUACGACGUCGACGAGUGUGCGGAGGGCUUGAGCUCAUGUGGCGCUCACGCUCAGUGCGUGAACCUGCCCGGUAGCCACCGCUGCCAGUGCCAAGGUGGCUAUGAGUUUGGCUUCGACGGGCGUACCUGUGUUGAUGUAGAUGAAUGCAGCUCCUCUCCGUGUCACACCAGUGCCAGAUGUAGCAAUGCACUGGGCUCCUUCCAGUGCCAGUGCCUGCCGGGCUUUCAUGGCGAUGGUUUCUACUGUUCCCAGCAGGAAGGACAGACAGUCCAGCCGAGGAGCCAGUGCGAGCAGCACCGAGACAGCCUGCAGAGCGGGGGGGAGGACCGGGGCGGCCGACCGCUGCUCGGUGCCUUCGUCCCUCAGUGCGACUCUGACGGACGCUACCGCCCGCUGCAGUGCCACGGCUCCACUGGACACUGCUGGUGUGUGGACGUCAGGGGGCAGGAGAGAGCGGGGACCAGGACGCCACCCGGGACGGCACCCGUAGACUGCAACCGACCAGAUGAACCAGAGCGCCCUAAGACUCACUGUGAGCACCACAGAGACAGUGUGCCGACCACGGACAGAGACGGGUACCCUGUUGUUGGAGCCUACGUCCCUCAGUGUGAGGACAACGGACAGUACACUGCUUCACAGUGUCACGGCUCCACUGGACAUUGUUGGUGUGUGGACGGUAACGGACAGGAGAGAGCGGGAACCAGAACACCACCUGGUACACCGCAUACAGACUGCAGCAAACCAGAUGAACCAGAGCGCCCUAAGACUCACUGUGAGCACCACAGAGACAGUGUGCCGACCACGGACAGAGACGGGUACCCUGUUGUUGGAGCCUACGUCCCUCAGUGUGAGGACAACGGACAGUACACUGCUUCACAGUGUCACGGCUCCACUGGACAUUGUUGGUGUGUGGACGGUAACGGACAGGAGAGAGCGGGAACCAGAACACCACCUGGUACACCGCAUACAGACUGCAGCAAACCAGAUGAACCAGAGCGCCCUAAGACUCACUGUGAGCACCACAGAGACAGUGUGCCGACCACGGACAGAGACGGGUACCCUGUUGUUGGAGCCUACGUCCCUCAGUGUGAGGACAACGGACAGUACACUGCUUCACAGUGUCACAGCUCCACUGGACAUUGUUGGUGUGUGGACGGUAACGGACAGGAGAGAGUGGGAACCAGAACACCACCUGGUACACCGCAUACAGACUGCAGCAAACCAGAUGAACCAGAGCGCCCUAAGACUCACUGUGAGCACCACAGAGACAGUGUGCCGACCACGGACAGAGACGGGUACCCUGUUGUUGGAGCCUACGUCCCUCAGUGUGAGGACAACGGACAGUACACUGCUUCACAGUGUCACGGCUCCACUGGACAUUGUUGGUGUGUGGACGGUAACGGACAGGAGAGAGCGGGAACCAGAACACCACCUGGUACACCGCAUACAGACUGCAGCAAACCAGAUGAACCAGAGCGCUCUAAGACUCACUGCCAGCACCACAGAGACCGGGCCCAGGCCACCGGGCCGGAGGGCCGUCCUGUGGGCGGAGCCUACGUCCCCCAGUGCGACGCAGGAGGACAGUACGCUCCGCUGCAGUGUCACGGCUCCACUGGACACUGCUGGUGUGUGGACGAUAGGGGACAAGAGAGGGCCGGAACCAGGACUCCACCCGGUGCUCCACCCACAGACUGUGACAAACCAGAUGAACCGGAGCGUCCUAAAACUCACUGCCAGCACCUCAGAGACCGGGCUCAGGCCACCGGGCCGGAGGGCCGUCCUGUGGGCGGAGCCUACGUCCCCCAGUGCGACGACAACGGACAGUACACGUCACUACAGUGCCACGGCUCCACCGGACACUGCUGGUGUGUGGACGACAGGGGACAGGAGAGAGCGGGGACCAGGACUCCACCUGGUACUCCACCCAAAGACUGUGACCAACCAGACGAACCGGUGCGUCCCAGAACCUACUGCGAACAGCACCGAGACAGCGUGGACACCACCAGCCCAGAGGGGUAUCCUCUACUGGGAGCGUACGUCCCCCAGUGUGACUCAGACGGACAGUACACACCUCAACAGUGCCACGUAUCAACGGGACACUGCUGGUGUGUGGACGGUCAGGGACAGGAGAGAACCGGAACCAGGACUCCACCCGGUACGCCGCCCAGAGACUGUGACCAACCAGAUGAACCGGAGCGUCCGAAGACUCACUGUGAGCAGCACAGAGACCAGCAGACCGCCGGGCCAGAGGGGCCCCCCCCCGGAGCCCACGUGCCUCAUUGCGAUGACAGCGGGCAGUAUCUACCUCUCCAGUGCCACGGCUCCACUGGGCACUGCUGGUGUGUGGACGUUAGGGGGCAGGAGAGAGCGGGGACCAGGACGCCACCUGGGAGACCAUCUGUAGACUGUGACAGACCAGUCCCCGUGGCCCCGACCCGGCGGCCCGAGAGCGUGUGUGAGCGCUGGCGGUCCAGCUUGAUCGAGCACUACGGCGGGCAGCCGGGGCCGCAGCAGUACGUGCCGCAGUGCGAGUCGGACGGACAGUUCAGUCCAGUCCAGUGCUACGGAGAGACGGCGUACUGCUGGUGCGUGGACCAGGACGGCCGGGAGGUCACCGGCACCCGGUCACAUGACGUGGUCAAGCCUGCGUGCCUCCCAUCAGUGGCCCCGCCCACCGUGCGGCCGUUGCCCCGCCCAGACGUCACGCCUCCGCCCGACGCCGACAUCACGCUGCUGUACGCGCAGGGACAGAAGAUCGGGGCGUUGCCUCUCAACGGGACCCGAUUGGACCCGACCCGGGCCAGAACACUGCUGACCCUCCACGGCUCCAUCGUGGUCGGUAUCGCCUACGACUGCAAAGAGAACCAGGUGUACUGGACCGACCUGUCCGCCAGAACCAUCAACAGGGCUUCCAUUGCGGCCGGAGCCGAGCCGGAGAUACUCGUUAGCACGAACCUGGUCAGUCCGGAGGGCCUGGCGGUGGACGUCACACGCAGGUUGAUGUUCUGGGUCGACUCGAACCCGGACAUGAUCGAGAGCGCCAACCUGGACGGCAGUGGGAGGAAGACGCUGAUCGGCACCGACCUGGUCAACCCCCGAGCCAUCAUCGUGGUCUCUUCCACCAGUUCUCUGUACUGGACCGAUUGGAACCGAGAGGCUCCGAAGAUCGAGAGUGCGUCGGUGGACGGGCAGAACCGGAGGGUGGUGGUGUCCGACGGCAUCGGCCUGCCGAACGCGCUCACGUACGACUCCUCCGCUGGACAGGUGUGCUGGGCGGACGCAGGGACAAAGCGCUUGGAGUGUGUCUCCCCGGACGGUUCUGGCCGCAGAGUGGUCCACCCCAGCCUCAACUACCCGUUCAGCAUGGUGUACUACCAGAACCACUUCUACUACACCGACUGGAGGAGGGACGGCGUGAUCGCGGUGAGCAAAGACAGCAGCCAGAUCACCGACGAGUACCUGCCCGACCAGCGCUCCCACCUGUACGGCAUCGCCAUAGCAACCACCCACUGCCUAUCAGGGAGCCACUGACGGCAGAGCAGCGGCUGCCGGGUCCUUCGGUGCUAAACUUCUGGGGAACCGCCGAAAAACAAAGCGCCUCCUUCAGGGUCCCUCGGAAAGAAAGAAAAAGGACUCCGCGGGAUGGCUUCCUGUUGCCAGAGCGACCUUCAGGGCAAAUGUACAACCCCUCCCCCUCCCCCCAAGUAUCUCACCUUAAAGAUAUAACCCCCAAAUAAUGUUUUGUAAAUUUGUUUUAUACCUCAUUUGUUUUUUUUCUACUGUAUUUUUGUACACCCGUUUUGUUGUGUUUUGUUUUUCUAUCGAUUUUAAAGCGACGGAACAAAUUUGUUUUUAAAAGUCAGUUUUUUGCCAAAGAAGAAUGAGAUGAGAUGUUCAACUGUUGAGAAACAUCUGCUCACAUCUGCUUCUACUUUUGCUCUCGCUGUGGUUUUGCGAUCGGAGUGGAUACACACAAAUAAAAACCGGUCAGAGGGAUUAGUGUGAAGUGCUCUGGGGAAACGUGUAACUCGUUUUCAUUUAACUCUCCACAAUAAGUGAAUUCUCCAAAGUGUUUUUUUUUACUCCAUAAAAAUGUUGUGGGUGGGACCUCGUUGAAUCGGGUCCCGCCUCCCUCUGCACUGACUCUCUCUCUCUCUCUCCAUGACACGAGGACAUGCUUGUUUUGUUGCCAAAUAUUUUUAACUACUACUACUUUUUUCAAAUCUUUUAUAAGAUGUGAUAUUUAUAACAAUAAAAUGAGAUUUGGUACUGGU